AACGCCCUCCCCUUGCAUCCCCACCUCCCCCCUCUGGCAGUCCGCUUUGUUUACGCUUUACAGGCUGUAAGCUGGAAGCUUUUGUGUUUGUCGACGGGCAAGUUUGCUGCGGCUAGACCUUCUUUUAUCUUAGUGGAACCAUCACCAUCAGGCACCAUGUACGAGUUUUAUGAAGCACCAAUAAAUGUGCUGUUCAACAUCAAUACUACAGGACUCUCAAAUAGUGCUGCUAUUCUGCAGCUGGCAGCAAAGUUUAAGAAGUCAGUAUUUAAUGCUUAUGUGCUUCCAAAUCGCCCCAUUGACCCAGGUGCAUAUGCAGUGAAUAAAUUUGUGUGCCAAGAUGGGCAGCUAUUUGUGGAUGGCAUGCAAAAGGUGCCCAAACCAUUUUAUGAUGCUGUUGCUGAUUUCCUUAACUUUUUAAGUAGAUUGAAUGGUCAAGUUAUUCUUGUUGGGCAUGGUGCCCAUAAUUUUCAUAGUUACCAUUUGCUGAAAGCAGUCAAUGCUGUGGGGCUCUUGGACAACUUCAGACAAAUAUGUCUCGGCUUUGUGGAUACGCUGCCGUUAUUCAGGGAGCUUUGCCCUGAUGCUGCUGGGUAUAGACUUGAAGAUUUGAUAGAUAUUUUCCAAGUAUAUGUGCCAAACUUAAAUAACUCUGUAAAUAAAUGCAAAGCACUUGAAUCAGUGCUUGUAGCAAGUCAAGUAACGCAUAAUGAAGUUGUUAGCAAGUUAUUGCAGUUAGACAAUCUUAUUUGAAUCCUAGCCAUAGUAUGGUUUUUAUGGUUUCUAUACUUCUGUUAGUGUGUGUUAAGAAUUCAUACAAUUUGGUAUCAAAUGUUAGAGCUAACUUAAUUUUAGAAGAUCCGUAUGGCAUCUUAUGAAUGCAGACAAUGUUUUAAUAUUUUAUAUUUCAGCAAGAUUAUCAACACUCAUAAUUUGCAAGCUGAACAUUUAAACUGUCCAGCUACUGUGCUGCUGAAUGUUCCUAAGUAUAAGUUGCUGUACCUAGAUUAUUAUAGUUUCAAUUUUAUGUGAAGAAUUCACUUAUUCUUUUUUAAGUAAGGGUUUGAAGAAUUGUUCACUCAGUCAAUUUUUCUUUCUUUAAUUUGUUAGUUUUAAUUUUUAUGUUAAAGAACUCACAUAUUCUUUGCAGAAAUAAGCAUGUCAAGAAUUGUUAUUGAUCUGGAUUUGAUUUCUUCAAGUUGUUUUAAUGCCAUAGACGCUUGUCCGUUGCCAAUACAGGAAAAAGUAUUUUAAGGAUUAAAGUGCACCUUAGAGCUUGUGUAAGUAGAUGUAAGAUUUACUACUCCUGAAUUUUCAAGAAUGAAAAAGUUGUAUAACUGUUUCCAUUAAAUAGGAACUACCGCUUGGUUUCUCAAAUUUAAAAAAAUAAAAAUAAAAAAAAACAGGAAGAAAAUAUUUAUUGGU